UGGCUGAUCGCUCCCCUCCGAGUGGUUAAUUGGGAUCGCCCGUCAAUUGGAGCAGGAAGUGCAGUGAAAACGUAAAACAUGGCCAGCCGUCAGGUGCGCCUGUAAGUCACGCCCUCGGCCGUGCGGAGGAUGGUUGCCGACUAUAGCCUCGUUGGUGGAGCUCGCUAGCACCAGAGGUUGUAUCCACGAACAAUGAAGGCGACCCGCGCAAAGCACGGCUUUCUGCGUGUCUGCGUCCUGACCUGUUUCAUCUACCUGCUGUGUUCCACCUGCACCGGAGUCCUCACCGGGCGAAAGAUGGCCUCCCGCCAGCCCGCGCCGAAGCGCAGCCGGCGGAGUCACCGAGGCGCGCACCACCGGCCGCUGACGGACGAGCAGAAGGCCGAUCAGAACCUGCAGUUCAUGCUCAAUUUGUACAGGAGCGCAGCCGAACCAGACGGCAGACCCAAGCAGCACCGGAAGUUCGGCUCCAACACGGUGCGCCUUGUGAGACCCGCGGCGUCCUCGGUCCACUACCUGCCCGCUUCAGGAGAUCUCACCUAUACCUUCACUGUACAAUACAAAGUGGACACUCUACCCUCAGAGCAGCUUGUCAGAGCUUCAUUUGUCCACCUGCGCACCUCCUCCAUACCCUCUGGCACCACCCAAGCUGUAGAGCCACCCGUCUGCAGGGCUCAGAUCACCUCACUAGGCACCAGCAGCCUGGUCACCCUGGAGCCCCACCAGCGCUGGACGGAGACGGACAUCACGGCACAUGUCAGUGCCCACAUCUUGCAAGAAAAGGAUCAGGGUGAGCAAGGACACCUCACCCUCAUCGCCCAGUAUUGGUGCACAAAACCUGCUGACGGGGACGCCGGUCCCUUGUCAUGGUGGACUCCUCUUUGGGGUAGAAGGCGCUGGAGCGGUGAGCCUCAGCUGGAAGUCCCCUCUCUUCUUCUGUAUUUGGAGGAAGAGAGGAAGGUAAAGGAGUGGAUGGGGGACUUACUCGGGGCUGAGGGGGAAAACCUAAUGAGGCGAGUCGGGUGGUGGGAGCAGCCUACGAUUCGCCGCCGGCGUAGCUCCAAAGAGGAGUCCUCCAAAGAUUCUUCUCUGGAUGAGCUGAAAGAUGCUCUCGCCUCCUCCUUGUCUUCCUCCACCUCCUCUCCAGCAUCCAUCUUUUCCGACAUCCCGAACUACAAACGCAAAACUGAAGUCCCAAAGAACCGCUGUAAGCUCCACUCCUUCAACCUGGCGUUCAAUGAACUCGGCUUGGGUCAUUACUUCAUUGCUCCCCGGGUCUACAACCCCAGAUACUGCCAAGGGGACUGCCCAAGGGUGCUCCACUAUGGCUACCACUCGCCCAACCACGCCAUCAUCCAGACACUCAUCAAAGAGCUGGGAGUCGGGGACAUCCCUCCACCGUCUUGUGUUCCCUACAAGUACAUGCCCAUGAGCGUAUUGGUUGUCUACAAGAAGAAGGUGGACUACAGGGAACUGGAGGACAUGGUGGCCGAGUCUUGUACGUGUCGUUGAGGACUCGAGGCAGUGCCCAAUGACUCAGUUGCUCAGCACUAAGGUACUGACCCAGGAAAAGUUGAACAGGGCUUAGUGUGAUUAGUUCAAGACUGAAAGCGGGAAGUUUCCAAUUACUGUUAAAGCACUUUAAAGGCAGUUUCUGUGUGUGUGUUUACUUCCUUUUUUGUCCGGUGUCAUUUUAAAUCUGAUCUGUGCUUCACAACAGGGCUCAAGUGGACCGAAAAAUAUUUUUGUAUAAAAAGAAAGCUCUGGAUGACGUGGCACCACUGAAGGCCAGGUUCCUCUGUUAUACUAUAUUACCAAAGAUAAAGUGGGGUGGGGGGUAUUUUAAUGGACAAGGCCUCAGCCAUGUUGGAUGUACUACUCAGGGGGUUGCAGGGUUACAUUGUUGUCGACAAACUGAACUUUUUGCUGUUUUGGAUGUAUUAAUGAAAAGAAUCUCCUGAAGAAAACUUUGUGCUGCCACUGGGGUGUCCCAGAGGACGCCAACUGAAUAUGACAAGGAGGUAUGACGGUGUUGGAUGUUAAAAAGACGGGAGA